AUGCACCUCACAUCCCCCCUAACCCUCCUCCUCCCCAUCCUCCUCUCCCACCAAGUACAAGCCCAAUCCACAGGCACAGGAACAACAACCCGCUACUGGGAUUGCUGCAAACCCUCCUGCGCCUGGCCCGGCAAGAUCCCCGCCUCCUCCCUCGCCGCCGGGCCCGUGACGACCUGCGACCGCAACGACAACCCCUUAUCGGACGGCGGCGCCACGCGCAGCGGGUGCGACUCCGGUGGCGGAGCCUACAUGUGCAGCGCCCAGUCGCCCUGGGCCGUCUCGGACGACCUGGCCUACGGCUUCGCGGCCGUGCGGAUCGCGGGCGGGACGGAGGCGCAGUGGUGCUGCGCGUGCUACGAGCUGACGUUCACGGGCGGCGCGGUGGCGGGGAAGAGGAUGGUUGUGCAGGCUACGAAUACGGGGGGGGAUUUGGGGCAGAAUCAUUUUGACAUUGCGAUCCCCGGCGGCGGCGUGGGCCAAUUCAACGCCUGCACGGAUCAGUACGGAGCGCCGGCCAACGGGUGGGGCCAGCGGUACGGCGGCGUCAGCUCCCGCGCCGAGUGCGACGGCUUUCCCGCGAAGCUCAAGGCCGGGUGCUACUGGCGCUUCGACUGGUUCAAGGGUGCCGAUAACCCGAGCGUCUCCUUCCGUCAGGUGACUUGCCCGGCGGAGAUUACCAACAAGAGCGGCUGUAGGCGCCAGUGA